AUGCCACGAGAACCUGGACAUGGACAUGGACAAGACGUGUCUUUGACUCCCUUGCCAAUUGCUGCUGGAGACGAGCAGGUUGCCGCUGCUAUUUCAUACUCGAACAGCUUUAUCCACGUCUCGCCAAAGCAGCAGCAGCAGCAGCAAUAUCGUAAACAACAGCAGUACCCGCCCAGUGUCUCGUCAACCCCCCUCAAUUGCUAUCCAGUCCCAACAGCCUCGUCGCCCGAGGCUCGUAUCUCUAUGUCGGGGUCGUCUGCGGGCUCGUACUCGAUAUCUCCGGGGGUCAACUGGAAUUCCGCCCCCAUGUCAUCAUCGUCAUCAUCACACCCCAAGGAAACACAUACUCAUACUCAUACACAUGCACAUGCACAUACGCAUGCAGAUGCCCCUCGAGCAGAAGCAGGCCUCGUCACGGAAUCGCACAAAGAUGACCGUGCCGGGCUCAGCUGGACUGCCGACAUUUCGCUGUCCGAUGGCCGCAACUCGCGCAGCCUCCACGACGCUCCAAACACCGUGACUGUAUAUGCAUCCGAAGACAAAGAGAGGGAACCCCUUCGAGAGCCCAAUGCGGUUUUGGUACUGCUCUUGUUUUCGACACCGAUACCUUUCUUCUCAAUAUGCACCGCCAUCUACACACUCAUUGCUUUGUUCCUGGUGGUUUUCACGACUCCUCUUCGAUUCUGUCCGCCUACCGCAUUCUUCCGCUCGACCACAUUCUCUACCCAGCUUUGCAGGUUACUUGCGCCGGCACUGCGCAACCACGAACGUCUUGCUCAAUCUAGUGCUUCUUCAGACUACCAGCACCACGCCAGCUCCUCUCCUUACAAUAACAACAACAAUACUCGCAGUGGCACUACCGACCACUUCUCUGCAAUCUGGUUGAUUGUAGUUCUCACUCUGGCCCCAGUCUUGUGCAUGGGACUGUUGCUCGCAGUCUGGAUUGCCGCAUUUUUCUGGAUCUUUGCCAUGAUUCUCGGUAACCCUGACGGCACCGAAAAGGGCGAUGAUGGCCGUGCCGCUGUUCUCGGCGUGAAUGCCUGGUGGCAGACGUGGCUGAACAAGAGUCGAAUCCGCCGAUUCCGAUAA